AUGAAGGGCAUGUGGUUGGUUCUUCUUCUGACCAGCUGCGCUUGGGCUUCACGGUUUAGCCGUGACUCCACCCAAGUUUCUCCCAGCAUUGUUUCCAAUCCAGACGUGGAAAACAUGGCGUGGAAUGGUUCAAGCGUUAACCAGGUUGGACAGAAGAACUCGCCACGCUUCCCUUUCCCACCGAUGUGCAACAAACCCAGCGAGAUCAAGCACACCUUUAAGUACAUCAACACCAUCAUAUCCUGCGUGAUUUUUGUGGUGGGGAUCAUCGGGAACUCCACGCUCCUGCGGAUCAUCUACAAGAACAAGUGCAUGAGGAACGGGCCCAACGUGCUCAUCGGGAGCUUAGCUUUAGGAGAUCUUCUCUACAUCCUCAUCGCAAUCCCUCUUAAUGUGUUUAAGUUGUUGGCAGAAGACUGGCCGUUUGGUGUUUACAUCUGCAAGCUCAUGCCGUUUAUCCAGAAAACUUCAGUGGGAAUCACAGUUCUCAGCCUGUGUGCUCUCAGUAUCGACCGAUACCAUGCUGUGACCUCAUGGAGCCGGGUGAAGGGGAUGGGGAUUCCUUUAUGGAAGGCAGUGCAGGUAACCCUCAUCUGGUUGGUAUCGGUGUUGCUGGCAGUACCUGAGGCUCUGGCUUUCGACAUGAUGGAAAUGAACUACAGGGGACAAAAACUGCGAGUGUGCCUGCUUCAUCCUCAACAGAACACACAGUUCCUACAGUUUUAUCAGGAAGUAAAGGACUGGUGGCUGUUUGGAUUUUAUUUUUGUUUACCCCUGGCCUGCACCGGGGUCUUUUACACCCUCAUGUCCUGUGAGAUGCUGAAAAGGAAGAAGGGAAUGCGCAUCGCCCUCAAUGAUCACAUGAAGCAGAGACAUGAAGUUGCUAAAACAGUCUUCUGUCUGGUGGUGGUCUUCGCUCUGUGCUGGCUCCCUCUGCACCUCAGUCGCAUCCUGAAAAGAACCAUCUACAACCCAAACGACCCCAACCGAUGUGAGCUUCUCAGCUUCCUUCUGGUGAUGGAUUACAUUGGCAUCAACAUGGCUUCCCUGAACUCCUGCAUCAACCCGGUGGCGCUCUACUUCGUCAGUCAGAAGUUCAAAAACUGUUUUAAGUCCUGUCUGUGCUGCUGGUGCCAAAGGAACAUUUCUUCCGCCGACGACCUCGGGUCAGGAAUCCGCUGGAAAGGCUCGUGCCAUGUUAACGGCCUGGAUCGCUCCAGCUCACGGUCCAGUCAGAAGUACAGCUCAACUUAAAUCCACCACCCAACCUGGAAACCCACAGGU